AUGAUAACGUUGACUCGAUCCCAAACGAACGCAAGUUACGCUGGCAUCGAUCCCGAUUCCAAGGAUUUCAGUCUUGACAAAUGGUUGAGAGCGUUCAUCAAGGAUUUCGACGCAGAAGAGCUUAAAGCCACCAGAGCAGGUAUCGUCUGGAAGAAUCUUUCGGUCUCCGGUUCCGGUGCAGCCCUCCAGUAUCAAGAUACAGUCGGCAGUAUUCCAUUGAAGCCUUUUGGGAUGAUUAAGUCUCUAUUCGCAAAAUCCGAGCCAAAGCACAUCCUCCGCAACUUCAACGGCAACAUCAAGUCUGGUGAAUUGCUCAUCGUCCUCGGUCGUCCAGGCUCUGGUUGCAGUACCUUCCUCAAAACACUUUGCGGCGAGUCUCAUGGACUUUCCAUUGAGGAUGGUUCUGAGAUUCAUUACAACGGUAUCAGCCAGAAGCAGAUGAUGAAGGAGUUCAAAGGAGAAGUAGUGUACAACCAAGAGGUUGAUAAGCAUUUCCCGCACUUGACCGUUGGUCAAACCCUCGAGUUUGCCGCUUCCACCCGCACACCAUCGCACCGUAUUCGUGGACUUUCUAGGAAAGAAUUCGCCGAGCACACAGCCAAAGUUAUCAUGGCAAUUUUCGGUCUCAGUCACACUUACAACACGAAAGUCGGCUCUGAUUUCGUUCGUGGUGUGUCCGGUGGUGAGAGAAAGCGUGUCAGUAUCGCUGAAAUGGCUCUCAGUGGAUCUCCUCUCGCUGCAUGGGACAACUCUACUCGCGGUCUCGAUUCUGCUACAGCAUUCAAAUUCGUUGACUCGCUCCGCACUUUGGCAAACCUCGGUGGCUCAGCCCACGCUGUCGCCAUUUACCAAGCUUCUCAGCAGAUUUACGAUCUGUUUGACAAAGCGAUUGUGCUGUACGAAGGUCGCACCAUUUACUAUGGCCCAGCAUCAAAGGCUCGUGCCUUCUUUGAGAAGCAGGGAUGGACUUGCGACAAGCGCCAAACGACUGGUGAUUUCUUGACUGGUCUCACCAACCCAGCUGAGCGCAAAGCUCGUGAGGGCAUGGAGAACAAGGUCCCUCGCACCCCAGAAGAUUUCGAGCGUCUCUGGCAAGAAUCCUCGGCAUACAAGGAAAUGCUGCAAGGCAUAGAAGAACACGAAAAGUCAGUCUCUGGAGAGCAAACGAUUCAGAGCUUCCGUGACAACAAGGGUGAAUUCCAGGCAAACCACACCCGUCUGAAGUCACCAUACAUGAUCAGUAUUCCUAUGCAGAUCAAGCUGAACACAAAGCGAUCUUACCAACGCGUCUGGAACGAUCUUCCAUCGACGACAGCAGCUAUUGGUGUCAACGUCUUCAUGUCUCUCAUUAUUGGUUCAAUCUUCUAUGGUACACCUGACGGUACAGUCAGCUUCUUUGCUAAAGGAGCUGUCUUGUUCUUCGCUGUCCUUCUUAACGCACUCCAGGCUAUGAACGAGAUCAACAGUCUCUAUGCUCAACGUCCAAUUGUCGAAAAACACAAAUCAUACGCCUUUUAUCAUCCAGCCACUGAAGCAAUUGCUGGUAUUGUAAGCGACAUACCUGUCAAAUUUGUUACCAGUGUUGUGUUCGAUGUAAUUCUUUACUUCCUGGCUGGACUUCGACGCGAACCAUCUCAAUUCUUCAUCUUCUUCCUGAUUACGUAUGUGAUCGGUCAAAUCAUGUCCGCUGUCUUCAGAUCUCUCGCCGCCAUCACCAAGACAAUCUCGCAAGCCAUGACACUUGCUGGUGUGAUGGUCCUCGCACUGGUCAUCUACACUGGAUAUGUAUUGCCGCAGCCUUACAUGAAGCCGUGGUUCGACUGGAUUCAUUAUCUGAAUCCGAUCUACUACGCAUUCGAAAUCCUGAUCGCGAACGAAUUCCACGGACGAGAGUUCCCCUGCUCUAAUCUCAUUCCCAACUAUCUCAACAUGGCACCCAACACAUUCAUCUGUUCCAUGACAGGUGCACUUCAAGGCCAAUAUGUUGUGCAAGGAGACCGUUACAUUCAAACUGCCUACGAAUAUACCUAUUCUCACGUUUGGAGAAACUUCGGUAUCAUGAUUGGUUUCCUCAUCGGCUUCAUGAUUAUCUACUUCAUCGCUGUUGAGCUCAACUCUUCGACCAGCAGCACUGCCGAGGUCCUGGUCUUCCGCAAGGGCCAUGCACCCGCUAAUCUCACUGGACAAGUCAAAGAGGGCAACAACGAUGAGGAAGCGGCGGCAGCUGGAGCUGCAGCAUCGAACGAUCACACCGAAGGUGAGGUCGACGCUAUCCCUGCUCAGAAGGAUAUUUUCACCUGGAGGAAUGUGGUUUAUGACAUCAAGAUCAAGGGCGAGCCUCGCAGACUUCUGGACCAUGUUUCUGGUUACGUCAAGCCUGGAACACUUACCGCUCUUAUGGGUGUCAGUGGUGCUGGUAAAACGACUCUGUUGGAUUCUCUUGCUCAACGUACGACUAUGGGUGUCAUUACCGGUGACAUGUUGGUCAACGGAAAGCCCAUCGACGCCAGUUUCCAAAGAGGUUGUGGUUAUGUGCAACAGCAAGAUCUGCAUCUCGAGACAGCUACUGUUCGUGAAAGUUUGCAAUUCAGUGCUAUGCUUAGACAACCCAAAUCGGUAUCCAAGAAGGAGAAGUACGACUACGUUGAGGAAGUCAUUAAAAUGCUGGACAUGGAAGACUUCGCCGAGGCAGUUGUUGGUGUUCCUGGUCAGGGUUUGAACGUUGAGCAGCGCAAGCUUCUUACUAUUGGUGUCGAACUUGCUGCCAAACCCAAGCUUCUCCUCUUCCUCGACGAGCCUACCAGUGGUCUGGACUCUCAAAGUGCCUGGGCUAUCUGCGCCUUCCUCCGCAAGCUCGCCGACGCCGGCCAAGCUGUCCUCUGUACUAUCCAUCAACCUAGUGCCGUCCUUUUCCAGGAGUUCGACCGCCUUCUCUUCUUGGCAAAGGGUGGUAAGACUGUCUACUUUGGUGAGAUCGGAGAGAACUCCAGAACACUUCUUGACUACUUCGAGUCGAACGGUGCUAGACACUGCGAGGACGACGAGAACCCUGCUGAAUUCAUGCUUGAGAUCGUCAAUGCUGGAUCCUCCGGAAAGGGACCUGACUGGCACGAGGUAUGGAAGAAGAGUGACGAGGCCAAGGACGUUCAGAAACAGAUCGACAAACUCCACGAAGAAUCCAGCGGUAGAGCAUCAGAGCGCGAACCUACCAAGGAAGAACUUAGCGAGUUCGCUAUGCCAUUGACCACUCAGAUCUGGGUUGUCACUCACAGAGUGUUCCAGCAGUACUGGCGCAUGCCCCAAUACAUUCUCGCAAAGUGGACCCUCGGUACUGCUGCUGGUCUGUUCAUUGGUUUCUCGUUCUACAAGUCCAACAACUCGACCCAAGGAAUGCAGAACGUCAUCUUCUCGGCUUUCAUGGUUUGCACAAUCUUCUCUUCUCUCGUUCAACAGAUCAUGCCUCUCUUCGUUAGUCAGCGCUCGCUCUACGAGGUCCGCGAAAGGCCCAGCAAAGCAUACUCCUGGAAGGCCUUCCUCCUCGGUAACAUUGUUGUUGAAAUUCCUUACAACAUCAUUCUGGCUGUUCUGGUCUUCGGUUCCUACUACUACGCUGUUCAGGGUAUUCAAACUUCCUUGCAGCAGGGUAUGGUUCUUAUCUUCCUGAUCGAGUUCUUCAUCUACGCCGGCACCUUCGCCCAUCUCUGUAUUGUCGCCAUGCCAGAUGCUGAGACUGCUGCGGCUAUUGUGACCCUGCUGUUCGCCAUGGCCUUGCUUUUCAACGGUGUCAUGCAAUCUCCUACCGCCCUCCCUGGUUUCUGGAUUUUCAUGUACCGUGUGUCACCCUUCACAUACUGGGUCGCUGGUAUCGUCUCAACACAACUUCAUGGCAAGCCGGUCAUCUGCAGCGACGUCGAGACCAGUGUCUUCCAGCCCCCAGCCGGACAGACCUGUGGACAGUACCUGAACAGAUACCUCGAGACCGCUCCCGGCUACCUCCAAAACCCUAACGCGAGGGCAGACUGUGCAUACUGUUCACUCAGCAAUGCAGGCGAGUUGCUUGCCGGCAGCAACAUCUACUACAGCCAAGUCUGGCGCAACUUUGGUAUCUUCUGGGCUUACAUUGUCUUCAACAUUGCUGCAGCAGUCUUCCUCUACUGGGCGUUCCGCGUCAGCAAGUUCAGCUUCUCUGGAUUCAUGGAGAAGUUCAAGUCAAAGAAGGCGCCCAAGCCAAAGGCUGAGCCCCUCGCCGACAACGCAGAAGGCGAGAAGCAGAGAAACCAUGCUGAGCCCUUCUAA